AAAGGCCGCAAAGCGCACAAGAGGUGUAUGGGACUUGGAUUCCCAAUGGGUGGAUAUGGCUAUGGAUACCCGGGAUUUGGUUGGGGAGGACCUUACACCUUCCCAGGAUGCGAUGUGAUGAGUGGUGACCUCAUUGGAUGGGGUAUUGGCUGGGGUGGUCCAGGAGGUGUUUAUGGCGGCUUCCCUGGAGGAUGGGGAGGUUGCGGUGGAUUUGGGGGUUGUGGAUGCGGAGGGUGUGGUGGAUGCGGAGGGUGUGGAGGAUGCGGGGGGUGCGGAGGAUGUGGUGGGUGUGGCGGUUGCAGAGGAGGCAACUGCUGUGGUGGAUUUAAUCUUCCCCACUGGAUCUGCUGUCCAAAAGAAGAUGGAGAAUCAGGGUCUGGAUCCGAAGCCGGUGAAGCUGGGAAUCCUGCCGGCGGAGAGGGUGCCAAUGGAGAAACUACACCAGCACCAGGUCCUGCCCCCGCACCAGCUCCCUCUCCUGCAGACUCUCCAGCUACCCCUGCCAGAUAAAACAGUUUUAAGAUCGAUUUACGUUCCAAACGUAUUCAAUCUGGAUGAAAGAAACCAUAUUCAAGUUCCAAGCCUGUUUAAUCUGUUCCGAGGAACUUGAGCAGUCUCUAUAUUAAUAAGUUUUUUUUUUUAGUGUGUUUUAUUCCCGAUAAUCUUAUAAUAUAAUUCGUCAUAUCAUAGACAGUUAUUAAUCUUCAGUUAUAAUCUAAAGAGUGUAAAUACCUCUCCCUUAAGCAUAGUGUACAUCUUCAAUUGUAUGUUAUCAGCAUAUAAUUACUUUGAAUAAAAAUGUUAAAACAGUG